GCAGCUCCCUGCUCAUGCCCUGCUAGUCUCUGCCCUUCCUUGGGCCAUCCUUCCGUGCUGAAUUGUUAAAUAUUUUCUUGUCAAAUGCCUUCGAUACGUGUAAAGAGGAGCUAUGCCACCAUUCACGACACCCUAAGCGAUCAGGAAUUGCUAGAUCCAACUCGUCCGUCUCUCCCAGGACGGGCACGUUCUUGGACCAAUAUAUUUGGUGGAAACUCUUCCGCUGUUCUUUCUAGUCCUCGGCCGUCAGCCCAACCACACACCAGACCGAGGUCCCAUACUGUCAGCGGCGUACCUCCAAGCCAGGAUGCGGCGGGUAAUAGCAGUCUUAGGGUUCCGUCUAGGGUGCGGAUGCAUAUCCUCAACCCAAGUCGGAUGUCGGCUACCCCUCUUCAAGAACACACAGAACCCAGUUCGUUUAUUCGACAAGUUCGACGCAGCCUCUCCUCGUCCCACCACAGUGACCGGUCGGACAUGAUCUCUCUAGAGGGAUAUAAUGAGGAUGUCCUGAUACCCGAGGACCCUGGUCAUGAGCCAGGACGUAUAGGGCGUGCUCUCAGUAUCUCCUCUAGUCAGCAGGAUGAUCCAUUCGAGGAGCAUCAUCACGAUGAUAUCGUAGAGCAUUUGGAUGUGAUAGAUCCUCAGAUUGCGACGGUCUCUACACUUACAAAUGCUGCCAAUUCCAUCGUCUUCCCUCCCUUAUCAUUCUACUCCCGCAAGCCCGUCGUGGUUCUUCCCGAGACACCGCGGCUUCCUGCUACUGGGGCUGAUGCUGAGAAAGGAGUUCAACCAAGUCAAGAUAAUCUUGACCGGCAUGUGAAGGACGUCCUCACUAAACGGGAUAAGUUCAGGCGGGUGAUGCGGGGAGUAUGGUCAUAUAUGAAGACUCCUAUGGGGAUUGUCGUUUCAAUUUAUGGCUUCCUCGUUGUCUUCUGGGGUUGCGGCAUUGUCUUCUUCUUGGCUAGGUUCAUCAACUUUCACAACUCAAACACACAAGGUUUUUGGGUGGAAGUUUGCCAGCAAGUCGAGACAGGUCUGUUCUCGAUUCCUAGUAUCGGUCUCAUACCUUUCCGCACGCUGGACACCUGGAGGAUAUGUUGGAUAUGGCACUAUAAACGGAAAACACGGAAGCUACGCAAGGAGGCAGGGCUGCCUGAACUUUACGACCCCGAUGAUUUACCCGACCCUGUCUAUGAUGAAAACUACGUUCAUGUAUUAACUGAUGAAGAACAAGCCGACCUACAUUAUCAGCAACAUAAGUUUGCUCAAUCACAAACGUGGUAUCGACCACAUGGAACACAAACACAUCGCGCUUUCCCUAUAUAUACCGCACUACUAAUAUGCGGUUUGAACGACCUUAACUCGAUAUUCCAAGCAAGUGUCUCUUCCUUCGAUAGCUCGAAUUCGUCUGACAUCAUCCUUCGCCAGAUUCUCCUCAGUGGUACCAUGUGGGGCUUAAAUCGGUUCCGACGACCGGCUUGGACGACGGCCACAACUCUACCAGCUGCGUUUGUCGCAGGUAUUGCUGCAGGCUUCUACAUCUACUGGGGAGGACGAAAAACCAAGCGGCACGAGCAAGUUGAGGAACGCCUCCGAUCGGCUCUGGAGAUGGAUGACCCUCCACCCAAUCCGGCGAUCACAUUUACGCCUGCAGUAGGCGACAGUGAAACGCAGCCUGUGCAUGAGUCGGGCGAUGCACAACAACAACAGUCUCCAACUUCAACGACAGAUUCGACACCAACGAUAUUGGCACCAGAAGUUCAUUCUGUGGAUUUCACCGGUCGUGACGAUCCUGAAACCUUGUUACAACAGCAGGAUCGGGUCGAUAGCUCCACGUCGAUCGUGGUGCCGAUAGCGGAUUGGAUGACGGUUCCCUCUGCUAAAGACCUGUUUGGCUCCGAUGUCGCAGUUCAAGGUCACGAGCGAUAGCAUUGUAGACUUCCGCAUGGUGUGUGUUUCAGAUUUAGGGGGUUUCAUUGACAUUAGAUCCUUUCAUUCCCAUUUAUAUACAAUUUCGUGUAUUGGCAUCCUGCAUUAUAUAGCUGAAUGUACUGUUAGUUUUUUUUUGUAUUCUGCUGUAUUCCCCUUUACCCAUUUUUGUUACUCAUCUAAUACUUUCUCACAUGUAUUCACGGGCUUUGUACGAACAUACUAUAAUGUACACGCACUCUUCACUAUCCAUACCCUACUGUCUGCAGCUACAUAGAAGCUUUAUAAUUAAACUCUUGGAGAUCUU